GUUAAUAUUAAUUUCAGUUCUUUAAAAAAAAGAAAAAGAGUGAAAGAGUACUGGGUUGCUUUGGGAUAAGAAUAGAUUGUUUAUUUGGUGGGACGUUAAAUCAUCAAUUAUUAAGAAUUAAUGUUAUUUUAUACAUGGUGGUGAAACUGAGGCAUCCUGGGGACAGAUUUCCAAGUUCUGAAAGAAUUAAUGAAAGUUUUCAAAUCUCGACUGUUUCCGUUGGUCUUUCUAGUGUUCUUCCUCAAUGUUUUCCUCGUUUUUUUCACUCCCUCAUAUGAUUAUCAUAUGAUUCAUCUCCAUUCGGAUUCUGCUUUCACACUUUCUAGUAGAAUCAAAGCCAAUCAUGUUCUUCCCUCGACCUCUGCAAAUGACAGCUACAGCAAUGAAGUUGAUGAAGUGAUUAAGUUUGGCCAUGUCAUGAAGAAUGUGACUAGUUUGAAGAGGAUUGAAGAAGGUUUAGCACGAGCACGAUCAUUUAUCCAGGAAGCAAUUCGAUCCAAGAUCAACACAACCGCCACGAAAGACAGUUUUGUCCCAAAAGACUCCAUUUACUGGAAUCCACACGCUUUUCACCAGAGCCAUGUGGAGAUGAUGAAGAGGUUAAAGGUUUGGGCAUACAAGGAAGGGGAGCAGCCAUUGGUGCAUGAUGGGCCUGUAAACAAUAAAUACUCCAUUGAAGGCCAAUUCAUCGACGAAAUGGACAUGGCUAGCAUGAGCCCAUUCAAGGCUACCCAUCCUGAACAGGCCCAUCUCUUCCUACUUCCCUACAGCGUAUCCAAGGUCAUUCGCUAUGUUUACAAGCCCAGAAGGUCCAGAUCCGAUUAUGAUCCUGAUCGCUUACAACGCUUGGUGGCGGAUUAUAUCAACAUUCUUGCAAAUAGAUAUCCUUAUUGGAACAGAAGCAAAGGUGCUGAUCAUUUUCUUGUUUCAUGCCAUGAUUGGGGUCCAAGAAUUUCAGAUGCAAAUCCCGAACUCUUCAAGUACUUCAUCAGGGCACUUUGCAAUGCCAACACUUCAGAAGGAUUCCAGCCCAACAGAGAUGUGUCCAUUCCAGAAGUGUAUUUGCCUUCUGGAAAGUUAGGCCCACCUAAUAUGGGUCAACACCCUAAUAACCGCACAAUAUUAGCCUUUUUUGCUGGUGGAGCCCAUGGUAAGAUUCGGAAAAAGCUACUCAAGCGUUGGAAAAACAAAGAUAAAGAAGUGCAAGUUCACGAGUACCUUCCAAAGGGUCAAGACUACACAAAGUUGAUGGGCCUAAGCAAGUUCUGCUUGUGCCCUAGUGGACAUGAAGUAGCAAGUCCUAGGGUGGUGGAAGCAAUCUAUGCAGGGUGUGUCCCAGUAAUAAUUUGUGACAAUUAUUCUUUGCCUUUCAUUGAUGUGCUUAAUUGGAGAAAAUUCUCCAUGGAAAUUGCAGUUGAAAGAAUGCCGGAAAUUAAGACUAUUUUACAAAGUGUUUCAAAAGAUAAGUACCUGGAGUUGUAUUCAAAUGUGAGGAGGGUUCGAAGGCAUUUUGUGAUCAACAGGCCAGCAAAGCCAUUUGAUUUGAUACAUAUGAUUCUUCACUCACUUUGGCUCAGAAGGCUAAAUUUCAAGCUAACAGCUUCCCAUUAAGAGGAUUCUUUGCGCAUAAACACUCCUUUUUCAUUUGAAGAUGAUAAUAUUACGCUAGAGUUUAGUGACCUUCAGAUGAAAAUACGUAGUGCAAAGUACAAUUUUAAUCCUUGUAAGCUACACUUAUUUUUACUAUUUUAUUUCAUAUACUUUUUUUUCUCUGUAAAUUUAUUCCUAUAACUUCAAACACUGCUAUCGAGUAAGUUCUUCA